CUGUAGUCUACUGUCGAGUUUUCCUGCCCGUUGCGCAAAAAGCCCGAAGGUCCGGGUCACCAAAUACGCCGCACGAUUUGCGCGCGGUCGGAAUAUUUCGGUCCUUCCCACCAACAAUUGGAUGGCAUCGUCAAUCAUCACGUGACAUAUUUUACAUCCCUCGAAGAAGCUGUGAACGAGCAUCUUGUCGUGGUCUUCGACAUCUUCGACAUCUUCGAACAAGUUUCAUUGCCGGUCGGCGAAUGUAUCACCUCGAGUUUUUGUUCCACUGCCUUGUCCCUGUAGACGAUCAAUUGUGAUCUGAGCGUCGCGUCUCACACCCAUGCGUUACCGUGUGCCGCGACCAACUGCGACAGCUCAGGUUUGAAGUUCCAGGGCACCUUCGCCUUGACUCACCAUACCCGAACAGAAGCUUAGGCGACGCCCUGAUCCGUCUGGAUUUCAGACGACCAAGGGACUUGGGGGAGUUUGAGACGCCGUCACGUUUCGGAAUCACCCCGACCACAAUCUUGACAAACUCGAGACUCGCAACGUUGAAGACUUUGAGCAGGCAUAUUGCCAAUGCCCCAUGAAUGGCCAUCCGCAUGGGUCUGGGCUUAUCGAUACAUGCACAGAGAAACACUUUGCCCACGAUGAGACGCACGAAGGCGUGAAGAUGGCGUCAGCGAUGGACUAUCAGAUAGAUUGCUAGGCAGAAUGCGACCAGAGUUUGGAUGCAUUCUGCACUAUUCCACGUUUGGGACAAAAAAACUACCUGGAAAGGGCAUUCCAGUUUAUUUUGGAAGAUAGCACAAUAACCUGGAAGAUCCCCACCAACGUAUCCCACCCCGCCCGCGUCCAAAACCUUGCCAUCGCGAUGGAAAGGGGCAGGCUCGGAUUUCGAGUGACCCGUGUGCAGGGCCCUCGAACCUAUUCUAUCGUCAUAGCCCCCUUGCCACAGUUUCGUUCUUAUAAUGCAUUCCUCCCAUAUGCCCAGAAGACCACACAGCCUGGUGCUUUACGUUCUUUUUGUUGGCGACGUCGAUUAUUCCCUUCUGUCGGCUUCAUUGCUUUAACUAACAUUUGUCACCUCUUCUGCUGGCUCAGGACUUUCGUUUCUUGUUACAGUUCAUCUUCGCCAACUAGCUACUUCUCCUCGAGACAAUAUCUCACCCUGAGAUUAUCACUACUAGAAGUCCUUUUCACUCUCUAUGACAGAUACAACACACAUUGCUCUAAUGGUCUUCACAAGCGGCAAUACACUUUACCGUUAGGCCAGUCACUCAAAGGAUCACAUCUCGACUCGGCUUCAACAUGGUGAAUGCAAUAUCUUGGCUAGAAAGAAGAGCAAGUGAUGCGAUCGCAAUUGAGAUAUGGCAGGCACAGAUGGGAGAGGGUAGUGACCAAACAGAAGCACAAAGACUGAUAUCAAGUCUUUUCUUCGAGAACAGCAAAUCUAUCCGAACAAUUACAAUCAUUUUAGCAGCAUUCAACGGCGUCGCCGCUUUUGUCACUGCUUUCAGCAUACUUUACGACUGCUAUUGUACCUCUAAACGUUAUGGGAACACUUCGAAUUCUAAGAAGUUCUUCCUUUGGGCGAUGCAUCCUGCAGAUACAUUUCCACUUGUGCUCGCGUUGGGUAUCGUUGUUCAGGGAUUUAUCUUUGCGAUUGCUCAAAGUUUUGGUCUGGAGUCCUUGAUGAUUGAUCGUUGCAGUACUAUCGCACAAUUUGUAUUUCCCGCAAUAUUUUUGCCUUCAUAUAUUCAUAUAGUGUUUGGUGUCGAGUGCGCAAUACGAUCCUUACGAAAGGAGCCUUUUAAGCCGAGAGGCAAAUACGACGUAACGAUAUGCAUAUCUGUCAUUGCCUUGAUGGCUAUUGGUAGCUGGAUACCAACACAGAUUAGCAAACAGCCAAACCACUGUUUUGCAUCAUUGAUGUGGUUUGUGACAAACUUUGGCAUUGCUGGACUCGGCAUUCUCUGUUCUAUCGCGUUUUUCGCCAUUUCUAGUUCAGUCAUCAUCUGCUACCGCUUGUCGAGACACAAGGCAAUUGACCAACACCAGCGUAUUGCAGCAUCUCGGGUGGUGUACUAUCUUAUCCUAAAACUGGUUGGACUCGCAUUUGUAACACCUUGGUUUGUCAAAAUGACAAUAAAAGAACCAACCAUUCUCACGGCCAUGAUGGCAGCGGUGGUUUUGAAUCUCGUGGGCCUCAUGACGGGAACGUUGCAGCUGUUCCUACGAGUAAACACUGCGACCACGUCCUUUCGACCAAAAGGAACCCCUGGUUGGAGCGGAAAGAAGAACGAGAUAAGAAUGUGGGGCCCCAACGACCUCGGAUUCGGUGGACACAUAUUACAACCAUUAUCUGGCCCCCAGAGCCCUGCAUCUUCCAGCAGUGAAGGGGGCUUUCCCCGUGAGAAAUACUGGCCGUCAACCUCGGAAUCGUCACAAAGCCCCCGUCGUUUUGAUAUGGCACCAAAAGACACCAAAUUAUCUUUUAGCAAUCCACCUCCCGUGACACCCACAGGGCUCCCAUCAAGGCCAAAUCAGAAUAUUACCACUGGGUCCUCACCGCCUCGACUACAGAGGCAUAAGCAAUCUCAAUCAUACUCCCUAUUUCCGAAUGAGCAGGCGUCUACAAGCCCGUCUCGCUCACAAGAACCAAGCUGCAUCAUCUCAACCACUAAGCUUCCAUCCACGACCUUCACGCUACCAUCUCCUCAAAUAAAAUUUGACCAGUCAGCCGAGCUUCAACCCCCACCGCCAUUAUUUGUUCCUCGCGGACACUGGAGAGACUCAUCUAUGGUUUCUUCUGCAACAGUACAUAUUGGGCUUCGACUAACGUAUAUGGAUGAAGAACCGUGUCCAUUUCCGACAGAUGCUCAGAAAGCAGCACAUGCACAAAGUACGGGUUCAAAAGUACUACCUAGGUCUAAAUCACCUGCGUUGCAGGUCCAGACCCAAAAUUUGCCAUCACUGCAGUUACAGUUGGGAAAUGAACGUCUGUCACCUCAAGAGAGAGCAGUUAAGAUGAAGACUCUGCCCCCGGGACCACUACUUAAUGAAGCGCGGAUCGCGGAGAGUGUCUCUAAUGACCCCGAGAGUAACGAGCCACGGCUAUCACCUACGGUGUAUAUGCCACGGAACAAGUCAAAAAAGCUCCCUGCAGAACAGGAUGAGAAGCCGAGGGCAAGUAAGGUAAACUGGAUAUGAGUGUUAUGAGUUAUGGUGUUCUUCGAUUCUUUAUGGGUAUAUAGGGAGCGACAGGGAGAUAUUGGAUGGGUGCAUCAGCGGAUCUACAUCAGGUAUUCGAAGUUUCUGCUUCACUUGCUACGGCUGUGUUUGGAUACUAGAUAGGAUGGACAGAUUCAUGGGUGUAUAUAAAUGUAAAAGAUAGCGGCAAGAGAAUUGAGGAGGUCUAUCUCG